GAGGAGGAGCAGGUGCCUUACCCGGCGCUGGCACCCACCGCCUUCUUCUGCCUCAAGCAAACCACCCGCCCGCGCAGCUGGUGCCUCAGGCUGGUCUGUAACCCCUGGUUCGAGCACGUCAGCAUGCUGGUCAUCCUCCUGAAUUGUGUCACCCUGGGCAUGUUCCAGCCCUGCGAGGACGUGGAGUGCCAGUCGGAGCGGUGCACCAUCCUGGAGGCAUUUGACGACUUCAUUUUCGCUUUCUUUGCGGUGGAGAUGGUCAUCAAGAUGGUGGCUCUGGGGAUCUUCGGGCAGAAGUGUUACCUUGGAGAUACGUGGAAUCGCCUGGACUUCUUCAUCGUGAUGGCGGGCAUGAUGGAGUAUUCUCUGGAUGGACACAACGUCAGCUUGUCUGCGAUCCGCACUGUGCGGGUACUUCGGCCACUACGAGCCAUUAACAGGGUCCCAAGUAUGCGAAUACUCGUCACCCUGCUGUUAGAUACUCUGCCUAUGUUAGGCAACGUCCUCCUCUUGUGCUUCUUUGUCUUCUUCAUCUUUGGGAUUGUCGGUGUGCAGCUCUGGGCAGGGCUGCUGAGAAACAGGUGUUUCCUAGACAGGAAUUUUGCAAUGACAUACAACCUUACCUUCCUGCAUCCGUACUACCGGACAGACGAAGCAGAGGAGAAUCCAUUCAUCUGCUCAUCACAUCGUGAAAACGGCAUGCAGAAAUGCUCCAACAUCCCAAACAGGAAGGAGUACAAGGUGGAGUGCACCUUGAGCAUGGACUCCUACACUCCAAGUUUAUACAACCCUGACUUCAGCAGCAGGAAUGCCUGCAUAAACUGGAACCAGUAUUACAACGUAUGCAUGGCAGGGGACGUAAACCCACACAACGGAGCUAUCAAUUUUGAUAAUAUUGGAUAUGCCUGGAUAGCUAUUUUUCAGGUUAUAACCCUGGAAGGAUGGGUUGACAUCAUGUAUUAUGUGAUGGAUGCACAUUCUUUUUACAAUUUUAUAUAUUUUAUAUUGCUUAUAAUAGUUGGUUCCUUCUUCAUGAUUAAUUUGUGCCUGGUUGUGAUAGCAACACAGUUUUCUGAAACGAAGCAGCGGGAGAACCAGCUGAUGCAGGAGCAGCGGGCCCGUUAUCUCUCCAACGACAGCACAAUUGCCAGCUUCUCAGAGCCAGGUAGCUGCUAUGAGGAGCUGCUCAAGUACAUAUGCCACAUCUUCAGGAAGGUGAAACGGCGGACAAUACGCCUGUACAAUAACUGGCAGAGUAAGCGCCGGAAAAAAGUUAACCCAAACAGCACCACAAAUGGGCAAAGCCACCGAGGCAAAAAGCACAUCACCUCCAUACACCACCUCAUCCACCAUCACCAUCACCACCACCACCAUCACUAUCAUAUCAGCAAUGGAAGCCCUCGGGGGCCACGCUCCAACCCUGAGAUCUGUGACCUGGAACUCAAGGUCAUGAAACCUGGAGGCCAAUUGAUGCUUCCUUCUCCAUCACCCAAGUUGCAGAGCCCUGCUCCUCCUCCAGAUUCGGAGUCUGUGCACAGCAUUUACCAUGCAGACUGCCAUGUUGAAGGACCACAAGUGAACUGUAAGUCUUCCAAUGCCCCUGCAAGCAUUAAAUUGACUGCUGGACUCUCCAACCAUGGCAACAUGAACUAUCCUACCAUCCUGCCUUCUCCAACUAGCAAACCCAGUUCUGUUCCGGUUCCCAAAGGAAAGAAGAAUGGCAAUUCACCUGUGGCUGUGGUUAAUAGCCCUGUAAAUUUGGGCACGGAUUCUUAUGGGAAGCUGCAGCAACUGGUAGGAGAACAUGGUCUCCGGCGGACGCCCAGCCGGCUGUCGGGGCUGAGCGCAGCCUGCCCGCUGCCCAGCCCGCCAGGCGGCACGCUGACCUGUGAGCUGCAGGACUGUCCCUUCUGCGCCAGCCUCCUGGAGGACCCCGAGUUCGCCUUCAGCGAGUCCGAUAGCUGCGACUCCGACAGCAAUGGUGUCUACGAGUUCACCCAGGACCUGCGGCAUGGCGACCACAGAGACCAGCUCCAGCAGCAGCGGGGCAGGAGGAGGAGGAAGAAGAAAAAACCCAAGGAGAAGAACAAGGUCACCCGCCUGUGGAAAGCUUUCGGCAGCAAGCUGAAGAGGAUUGUGGAGAGCAAGUACUUCAACCGGGGGAUUAUGAUAGCCAUUCUUAUCAACACACUGAGCAUGGGCAUCGAGUACCACGAGCAGCCAGAUGAGUUGACCAACGCUUUGGAGAUCAGUAACAUCGUCUUCACAAGCAUGUUUGCCCUGGAGAUGCUCCUGAAACUCCUUGCCUUUGGGAUCUUUGGCUACAUCAAGAACCCGUACAACAUCUUUGACGGGAUCAUAGUUGUCAUCAGCGUCUGGGAGAUCAUCGGCCAGUCGGACGGAGGCCUCUCUGUGCUACGAACUUUUCGGCUGCUCCGGGUGCUGAAACUGGUGCGUUUCAUGCCUGCCCUCCGUCGCCAGCUGGUGGUCCUGAUGAAGACAAUGGACAACGUAGCCACCUUCUGCAUGUUGCUCAUGCUCUUCAUCUUUAUCUUCAGCAUUCUUGGCAUGCAUCUUUUUGGAUGCAAGUUCAGCCUGAAAACUGAUACAGGAGACACAGUUCCAGAUAGAAAGAAUUUUGAUUCCUUACUUUGGGCCAUUGUGACUGUAUUUCAGAUCCUCACUCAAGAGGACUGGAACGUGGUCCUGUACAAUGGGAUGGCAUCUACAUCCUCAUGGGCAGCACUCUACUUUGUGGCCCUGAUGACCUUCGGCAACUACGUGCUCUUCAACCUUCUUGUUGCCAUUCUGGUAGAAGGCUUCCAGGCAGAGGGUGAUGCCAAUAGGUCAGACACAGAUGAGGACAAGACAUCUGCCAACUUCGAUGAUGAUUUUGAGAAGCUAAAAGACCUCAGAGCAACAGAGAUGAAGAUGUACUCACUUGCCGUCACCCCAAAUGGACACCUGGAGGGCAGGGGAAGCAUGCCACCUCCUAUAAUCAUGCGCACUGCUGCCACACCAAUGCCUACACCGAAGUGUUCCCCACACAUGGAUUCAGUGCACACUUUUGUGGACUCAAGGAGAGGGAGUAACGCUUCGCUAGACCCUUUGAGCUACGAUCAGAAGUCCUUGUCCAGCCUCCGCAGUUCCCCUUGCGCCAACUGGGGCACCAGCAGCAACUGGGGAAGCCGACGCUCAAGCUGGAAUAGCCUGGGCAGAGCCCCGAGCCUCAAGAAGAAGAACCAGUCAGGAGAAAGAGAGUCCUUGCUCUCCGGGGAGGGGAAAGGAAGCACAGAUGAUGACUCCGAUGACGCCAAGUCCAGCACGGUCAGCAGGCCCUCGUUGCACCACCGGGCAGAGUCCCUGGACUACCGCAGCUCCCUGGACCUGCCUGAGCUGCUCCAGUUGCCCACCAUGUGCCACUCGCUCAGUAUCAGCCCCAUGGCCGUUCUGCCAGCCGAGUACCAAGAUUGCAAUGGCAAGAUGGUUCAUGUCCCCAGCGAGUUCUUCCUGCGUGUCGAUGGCCACAAGGAGGAUGCCAUGGACUAUGAGGAUGACAUGGAGGAUAGUUACUGUUACCGAAUUCGUAAAGUCCUGGAGCCCUACAAACCACAGUGGUGCAAGAGUCAUGAAGACUGGUCCCUCUACUUGUUUUCUCCACAGAAUCGGUUCCGAGUGAUGUGCCAGAAGGUCAUUGCCCACAAAAUGUUUGAUCAUGUGGUGCUGGUCUUCAUAUUUCUCAACUGCAUCACUAUAGCACUGGAGCGACCAGACAUAGACCCACACAGCAUGGAAAGGAUAUUCCUAAGUGUUUCUAAUUACAUCUUCACUGCAAUCUUUGUGGCUGAAAUGAUGGUUAAGGUGGUAGCUCUUGGCUUUUUCUCUGGGAAGAACACGUAUCUGCAGAGCAGCUGGAACGUCCUGGAUGGAGUCCUGGUCUUUGUGUCUAUCAUUGACAUUAUUGUCUCCAUGGCAUCAGCAGGCGGAGCUAAGAUCCUGGGUGUCCUUCGUGUUUUGAGACUUCUGCGGACCUUGAGACCUCUCCGAGUCAUCAGCAGAGCCCCAGGUCUGAAGCUGGUGGUAGAAACCUUGAUCUCCUCCUUGAGGCCUAUUGGGAAUAUUGUUCUCAUCUGCUGUGCUUUCUUCAUUAUCUUUGGGAUUUUAGGGGUCCAGCUUUUUAAAGGCAAGUUCUACUACUGUGAUGGUCAUGAUGUAAAAAACAUCACUACGAAGACUGACUGCACUAACGCACGCUACAAAUGGGUUCGGCGGAAGUACAAUUUUGACAAUUUGGGACAGGCACUCAUGUCCUUGUUUGUCCUCUCCUCCAAAGAUGGCUGGGUAAACAUCAUGUAUGAUGGUUUGGAUGCCGUGGGUAUUGACCAACAGCCCAUCCAGAACCAUAACCCUUGGAUGCUUCUCUACUUCAUUUCCUUCCUGCUCAUCGUCAGCUUCUUCGUGCUCAACAUGUUUGUGGGGGUGGUGGUGGAGAACUUUCACAAGUGCCGACAGCACCAGGAGGCGGAGGAGGCCCGGCGUCGGGAGGAGAAGCGGCUGAGACGCUUGGAGAAAAAGCGCAGGAGUAAGGAGAUAUACCUGUCUGAAGCCCAACGCAGGCCUUACUAUGCUGACUAUUCCCCAGCACGGAAGUACAUUCACACCCUCUGCACCAGCCACUAUCUCGACCUCUUCAUCACAUUCAUCAUUGGGGUCAAUGUCAUCACUAUGUCAAUGGAGCACUACAACCAGCCAAAGUCCCUGGAUGAGGCCCUGAAGUACUGCAACUAUGUGUUCACCAUAGUUUUUGUGUUCGAGGCAGUUCUGAAGUUGGUGGCAUUUGGUUUUCGAAGGUUCUUUAAGGACAGGUGGAAUCAGCUGGAUUUGGCCAUAGUUCUCUUAUCAAUUGUGGGAAUCACACUGGAGGAAAUUGAGAUGAAUGCCGCAUUGCCCAUCAAUCCCACAAUAAUACGCAUCAUGAGGGUCCUGAGAAUAGCAAGAGUGCUGAAACUGCUUAAAAUGGCCACUGGGAUGCGAGCUCUUCUGGACACGGUGGUACAAGCGCUUCCCCAGGUAGGGAACCUUGGCCUACUUUUUAUGCUCCUGUUUUUUAUCUAUGCUGCCCUGGGAGUGGAAUUGUUUGGCAAGCUAGACUGCAGUGAAGAAAAUCCUUGUGAAGGUCUGAGCCGGCACGCAACUUUCACCAACUUCGGCAUGGCCUUUCUCACCCUCUUUAGGGUGUCAACGGGGGACAACUGGAAUGGUAUCAUGAAGGACACUCUCCGGGAAUGCACUCGGGAAGACAAGCACUGCCUCAGUUACCUGCCUGUUAUCUCCCCUGUCUACUUCGUCACCUUCGUCCUCAUUGCACAGUUCGUCCUAGUCAAUGUAGUGGUGGCAGUGCUGAUGAAGCACUUGGAGGAGAGCAACAAGGAGGCCAAGGAGGAUGCUGAGAUGGAUGCUGAGAUCGAGUUGGAGAUGUCCAGAGGAGCAACCACCUCAGCCACCAGGCUCCCCCUCCCCUAUGAGAGACCUGGGCCACAGGACUCUCAAAACCUGCUGACGGUCCGCAAGAUCUCUGUUUCCCGUAUGCACUCCUUGCCGAACGACAGCUACAUGUUCCGGCCGGUGAUGCCAGCGAAAGCCCCUUUCCCCCUCCAUGAAGUGGAGAUGGAAACGUAUCCCUGCAAAUCCCAAAGAGGGUCCAUCACCUCCGUCUGCUCCCAGCCCGUGGGAACAUGUUCCUCCCUGAGAGUCCCAACGGAGUCGCUCCAGCUGGCAGUCCGUUCUCCCAAUCGCGAAGGCCGCCACCGCUGGAAGAUCCUUCCCCCCCACAUCACAGCUCGAUCUCCUACUCUCAACAAGCUGCUGUGCAGACAGGAGGCCAUUCGAACAGAUUCCGUGGAUGGGCAGACUCUGGACCGCAAGGACAGCCUGCAAGCAGAGCCUGGAGAGAUGCUACCAUCAGCAAAGCAGCCCCAGAGCACCCUCACCCCCAGCCCGCUCCAUCCCACGGCUGCCUCCCUCCCGGGCACCCCUCCGUGCUCCUCCCCGUCCUCCCCACAUCAGCACCCCAGCACACUCACACGGAAGCACACCUGCGGCCAGCACAGCGUCCCCAGCUGUCCCCCCAGCCCCGGCAGCAGCCCUCCCAACCCUGAGGGCUGCCUCUUCGAGUCCUCUGAUCUGGCUGACGAGGAGGUUCGCCACAUCAACAGCUCGGCCAAAGACUGGGGAGGGGAGCACUCGGACGCUGGGAGCCGCUCGACUUCGCCGUUCAUUUCCCCAGCCCCGUCUCCAGUGCCCCUCAAGAACUGCAGCACAACCAGCCUCUCCAGGGGCAGCAGCAAGGAGAAGGACUUGAAGAAGUUUUACAGCAUCGAUACGAAGGGCUUCCUCAACAAGCCCAGCUGGGCAGACGACCAAAGGCGGCACUCCAUCGAGAUCUGCCCCUCCAUCAGCGAUGGGGACUGUAGCUUUGAGGACCUUGCUGAGGAAAAGCAGCGGUCCCCUGCCCAUAUCCAGAUGGAGUCCGAGUAUAUCCACGGAGCCCGGAGGAAGAAGAAGAUGAGCCCGCCCUGCAUUUCUAUAGAUCCUCCCAUGGAGGACGACAGCGGGGCGGCCUCACGCACCAAACCCUCUGAGAACAGCAUGCUGCGGCGAAGGACCCCAUCCUGCGAGUUCCCGGCUUACAGAGAGUCCCUGGAGCUCGUGGAGAGCCAGCCCGGGGAGCUGGCCUCCAAAGCGGAACGCCGGGGCCAGCCCCUGUGCCGUGGGGAGCACCUGACCAUCCCCAACUUCUCCUUCGAGCAGUCGGAUGGCAGCUCCUUGAGCAGCCUCUCGGAUCUCCUCCUGGACAGCGGUCAGUCCACGCCGGCCUCCGUGGACUCCCGGCCGGACCCCGCCACCUCUGAACUGAAAAAGCCGGAUCACUUAAAAACUCAGUGGAGCAACGCCGAGAAAAGCAGAGAGCUCCUGGGCAUUGCUAAGAGCCCCCUCCGGAAGCAGGACUUGGUCCCGGUGACUGUUUCGACAGAAGAAGACAUAGAUGACCCAGUAUAG